AUGUCUGUGGUCACCCUCGUAAGCGAGGUGUCGUCGCCCUCAACAGGCGAACUAAUGAUUCGCUCGAUCAACGACUCAAACUUAGACAUCAAUCCUUUACCCCUGGAGCAGCGCAGGGGUCUCAUUGCCCUCUCACUCAUGGCACUUCUUUCAUUCAUCGCAACAUCAUCUCUCCUGGCUUUCAUCACAUAUCGACUCAUUUUCUGGAAACUACACUUCAAACGAUACAUCGGCUACAAUCAGUACAUCAUCCUCAUCUACAACCUAGUUCUUGCCGACUUCUUACAAUCCAUCGCCUACCUCAUCUGCCUAAAAUGGAUAAUAAACAACGAAAUUAAGUCGGGAACCCCUGCAUGCUUUCUCCAGGGCCUAUGGCUGCAAAUGGCCAAUCCCGGUAGCGGUCUUUUCGUCCUCGGCAUCGCCUUCCACACCUUUCUCCUCAUCGUCUGGGGAUACAAGAUGUCCCAUAAAAUCUUCAUCACAUUUGUUUGCAGCAUCUGGUCAAUAGUCAUCAUCCUCAUGAUCAUCCCUCUAGCAACCCACGGAGCCGAUGCUUUCGUCCCCUCCGGCGCAUGGUGUUGGAUUAGAGAAGACUACGAAUCCCUCCGUCUGUGGACACACUAUUUCUGGAUUUUUCUCGCUGAAUUCGGCACUAUCUGUCUAUAUGCCGUGAUGUACACUCAACUUCGGCGGCAGAUUUCCGCCUCCUCGAUUCUCGGCAAUAGCCACCUGGAGGGCCUGAAGCGUUUGCGCCGCGUCGUUGGAUACAUGACUAUCUACCCAAUUGUUUACGUCGUGCUAUCACUUCCCUUGGCAGCCGGACGUAUGGCAAAUAUGAGCGGUAAAAUGCCCUCAGUUGCCUUUUUCUGCAGUGCAGGUGCUAUUAUUACUAGCUCCGGUCUUGUCGACGUUAUUCUCUACACGCUCACGCGCCGAAACCUCAUCAUCGACUCGGAACCUAGUCAGGAUCAUUGCUCCUACAGCAGAUUCCCAGGAAGUCGUGGCCGUGAUGUCAAAACUCACCUCACUACCAUCACGGCAGAGCCCAACGGCCGGAAGCAAGAUACUGUUAAUGGCACAAACACGGAGCGUGGAGGUUCAGAGGAUAGAAUCAUUCAAUCCGAGUCGGACCUUGAAUUGGCGCCGAUUGGAAAGGUGCGUCAGGAGACAACGAUUGAAGUCACCAGUGAGCCUGCAUACCCGUUGGAAGGGGCGAGUGGGCGCUCUAGCAAUGAAUAUUGCGAAGCUAUAUCGAGUUCGAUGUGGAAAUAA